AUGCUCAGCACUUCAUUAAUAUCAAAUAACGGACCUUUAGGUGACAUCUGGCUUGCAGCAAAUUACGACAAGAAACUAACCAAACAUCAGCUUCUCAACACAAAUAUUGUCAAAUCAGCAAAAUAUAUCAGCAAUCGUACACGUCGGCAUGACAACCUAACAGACGAUGCCAGUUCACCAACUAACAUGGAUGCCAUUACCUUGCGUUUAUCUGGCCAGUUGCUAUUGGGUGUAACAAAAAUAUAUUCACGGAAAACAAAAUACUUGCUAGAUGAUAUCAAUGAUGUUUUAUACAAACUCAGAGCUGUAUUUAGGAUGUCUAGUGGUGUCCAGCUAGGUCCUGAUGGAAUUUCCGCCAAAGUCAAUUUGCCGCCACAACAAACUACAAUUGCCGAUUUGGAUACAAUUACCUUGAAGGAUCAAGUUACCGGAUUUGACUUGUUAUGGCAAGAGAAUUUGCAACUUGAGGAAAAGCCUAUCAAUCGUAUGGACACAAUAUUUAACAACGACAAUGACAAUCUGAGAUUCGAUACAUCUACAGGAUCUAUUGAAUAUGGUAGGUUCGAAAAUAUGAAUGGUACUGGUGUUGAUGAAGAUGAAGAUAUCAAUUUAGAUUUCGAUUUAAAUUUGGACGACGGAGGGGAUAGCUUUGCAGGCUCAAUUGAGCUUGGGAGGAACGCAUCAAACGUGGGAGAUGAUACACACACUUCAGUUUUGGGGGACCUUCACAAAUCUAACAACAUAUUUGAAUUGGAUUUGGGACAACCAUUGCAAAACAUUGAUGAUUUUGAUGUCGACUUUGAUGCUGGCUACAUCUCAUCGUCAAGUAUUGUUAACAAUGAGGAGCCGCCAGCCGAACUUCAACAAGCUUUAUUGCAAACAAGAGCAAAUCAAAGACAAAGGAGAACCAGAAUAACCGAUGAUGGGGAAAUGGUGGUUGUAAAUAAAAAGUUGGUGGUGGAUUCCGAGGAUCACUUGCAGAUAUCACUCGACACUUUAAGAGAUUAUCAACAAACCGCAUUAACGCAAAAGGACUCUGGACAAUUGAGCAGCACAAGAAUGUCAAACAAUGACAAAUUGCUAUUAAUUCAACAGAUGUCCCUUCCAGUAGCAUCAAAGAAGCGGAAAUUAUGGGACUUUAGUGCCGACUUACAUUUUAGAAUACCGCUGGAGAAAGACGACAGUGAAGAUGAAGGCGAGCACAGCAAUUCGGGUGACGAUAGUGAUAAUAGUAUUGACAAUUCCAUGGAUGAUAUCAGCAUGUCUGAUAGCGAAAGCGAAAAGGAAAUUUCUUCAAAGUCACGCAAGGUCAGUGAAGAAGAAGAAGAUAAUGACGAGGAAGAGUCAGUAGAUGAGUCAUUUGGUGCUGACGGAGUGGAGAAUGUUGCCAAGAGUACAAAACAAGCCGCAGAUGAGCUACAAGACUUGUUCAGAUUGGACACAAGCGUGAAGUUUGAGGACUUCGUAGAAGCGGAUACAAUUGCAGAUAGACCAUUGGGAUUGAAGAACAAGAAAUAUGUAAAUUCGAAAAGAGAAGCAUCGAGAUGUUUUUUUGAAUUAUUGGUUCUUGCAACUAAUGACUGUAUCAAUUUGCACCAAGAAACGUCGGACUUGAACAUUCCAAGAACAAUCAAAAUCACAUCCAGAGAUAGUUUAUUUAGUUAUGUGUAA